UUCACAUUUAUACAUCCGGUAAUAUAUCUGUCUCAUUGUUCUAUCUGUGGUUACAGCUAAACCCCGCAAUAAAGACAAGAUGGCAGGACUGCCCCGCAGAAUUAUUAAGGAGACUCAGCGCUUGAUGGCUGAGCCUGUCCCAGGCAUUAAGGCGGAGCCUGACGAAGGGAACGCCCGCUACUUCCAUGUCGUCAUCGCCGGGCCCCAGGACUCACCCUUCGAAGGCGGCACGUUUAAACUUGAACUCUUUCUCCCCGAGGAAUACCCCAUGGCAGCUCCAAAAGUACGCUUUAUGACCAAAAUAUACCACCCCAACGUAGACAAGCUGGGAAGAAUAUGUCUAGACAUCUUGAAAGAUAAAUGGUCUCCAGCCUUGCAGAUCCGUACUGUCCUGCUAUCAAUCCAGGCAUUACUAAGUGCUCCCAACCCUGAUGAUCCUCUAGCGAAUGAUGUUGCGGAGCAGUGGAAGUCCAAUGAAGCUCAAGCCAUAGAGACGGCCCGGACAUGGACCAGGCUUUACGCUCAAAACAACAUAGAAGUGUAGAAAACGUAAACAAGCGGAAAGAAACUGAGCGGGAAGUCAGUGUGAGAACACACUCCUUAUUUCUGCCAAGACCUCUUCUUCCUACUUCAUUUGCAUUUAAAGGACACCGUCUUGGAGAAAAAAAAAGGUAUUAUUAUAAUAAAAUAAACAUUUAAGGAAUAUAUUAAAAAAGAGGAAAAAGACAAGUAAAUUGGUGAUUUUAAAUGCACAUAAGAGAAAAAAUACUUAACUGGUCGUCUUUGUCCUAACUCACUACUGUUCAGAUGCAUGGGCAGCCAGGGUUGAGAUCUAACUCACCACCACCUGGCUUUCUUUUUCCAUUGAUUUGGGAGGAAACCGCCAACCUCUGCUUUUAACUAGCUUCGUAAAGAAAAUUUUAAAAAACGAAGUGUUUGUCUGUCCCAUGUUUUUUUCGGAGGGGGUGGGUUUGAGGGAGACAGUGGGGGUUCUUGUCCAAGAUGGCCAAACUUUUAAAAACUUUUCUUUUAACUUUGUUUUCUCUUGUUUUCGCUGGUUGUUUAUUGAAAUCCGCUGAUUAGCCCGAUGUAGUAGACACACCCUUUGAUACAGGCUAUUGUUGGACUCAUUACCCUGUUGAAGGCCAAGCCGCAAAAAAAAAAAUCAACAUAGCGCCUGCUAAACCACUUUAACAUGAGCCUGCCACCAUCAUCACGUUUAACUGUUGCAACCGCUGUCCGUGUAGAGACCCUAAUGUAGGCUUGUGGCGGAGGGAGGGCAGUAGGGAGUCGGACAGGAAUUCCAUAACUUUCUUCUGUUUUAGGAAUAUAUUGUUUGUCUCGUCUCUCCUUUGAUAUGGAUGUUUUCCUGACAUCGCUUUACUACUACAAAUGACCCUCGGGCUACAUAGCUAUUUUAGCUUCUUGUUCUUCCUGUUUGUCACAAUCUAAUGCUACAAGACACAACGGUUUACUUCCUUCCCCAUGGCAUUAAUUUCAGAAAAGUGUAAUGAGUUGUAAGUUCUGCAGUGUGUGUGUGUGUUAGGGGGAAUUUUGCUCAAGGAGGUUGGGGGGAGGUAAGAGUAGGUGGUUAGGGGUAAUGGGGGAAUCGCAGGAACAAACUCCAAGAGAUCAAUGAAGGCUUUUGUCUCAACUGUCAAUAUUGGUAUUUUGUUUGAAAAGUCUGUAUUCAAUUCACUGUUUGUAAAUUCAUUAUUUCUAUUGAACUGGGGGAGGGGUCACGUUUUCCUGUUCUCCAAAUGGUAUGAAAACAGUCCACCUGCAUUUUUUUCUGUAAAUAAAAUCUGUUGAUUUAAUAAGAAAA